UGAAGAUUGAUGCGUUAUUUAAGACGUUCUCCUCUGAUGAUCCUUCUCCAUGUUGAGCCAGCUAUGGCGCAAUACUAUAACUAUUGUCCGGGUUGUAGUCCUAGGUGCAUACAUAGUCUGAUGGACGUCGGCCUUGUACCGAUUGAUAUUACCGAAUUAGGGGAUAACCCAGGUGGUAGUACGGCGCAUUGCCCACUGGGUCUGCUAAUUGGACGUGAGCGGACAACAUAUGUGUAAUACAGAUCUUGAAGGUUCUUGGGAAUCAAAAUCAGCCCUCACAAAAACUUAUGGUGAAUAGCAGAAGGCAAACUCUGGGCUGUCUGCUGAUGGUGUCUUAUUCGCCAUUUCUGCCAUCAUCGCCU